CCCUCCUCGGCCCUGGCGGCCGCCGCCGCCGCUGCGGGCGCCGCGGGAGUGCCUGGAGACAUUGUGCCCUCUUCUGAUUUCCAAGCCUAUAGGCAAAUGGAUGGCUUUGAGAAUGGAAAGUUUAGUGCUCAAACAUGCUCUCAGCAGUACAGGGGCAGUGAUACCAGAGACAUUCCAGAUGAUUGCAGAAACAGGGGAAAUAGUAGAAAUCUUAAUGUCAGCAUUGGCAGUCAGAUGAAUGAGGCUGACAGACCUGUCAAACGUCUCCGAAGGAAGAGAAGACUGCUUCUGGAGUCUGAGGAGGAGCAGGAAAAUGCAGAUGAGGCUGAGGAGAAGAAUAAAUCAAAUAAUAUGAAAGGCCGCAGAAACACUAAACCAAUAAAACAAGCUGUUCCUGCGAAGAAGAAGGUGUGGAACUGGGUUUCCUAUUUAGAAGAGGAACGGAUGCCAGCUGCUCCCCUAAAGCUGUUCAGAGAGUAUCAAUCGUUCCCAAAAGGCCGAAAUGGAUUUAAAGUCGGAAUGAAAUUAGAAGGACUGGAUCCUGAACACCCAUCUCAAUUUUGUGUCCUUACUGUGGCUGAGGUACAAGGGUAUAGAAUGCGACUGCAUUUUGAUGGCUAUCAGGAGUGCUAUGACUUCUGGGUUAAUGCUGAUUCCUCAGACAUCCGUCCUGUCGGCUGGUGUGAAAAAACAAGUCAUAAGCUGCUCCCUCCUAAAGGUUUCAAGGAAGGAGAAUUUAAUUGGACUUCAUAUUUGAAGAACUGCAAAGCUCAAGCAGCUCCAAAAAGCCUUUUCAAGGCCCUGAGCACACCUGUCAUGUCAUCUGGUUUUUGUCUGGGAAUGAAAUUAGAGGCAGUGGACAAGAAGAAUCCAUCACUGAUGUGCGUUGCAACAGUCAUUGACGUGUUGGAUAACCGCCUGCUGAUUCAUUUUGAUAACUGGGAUGAGAGUUAUGACUACUGGUGCGAAGCUAGCAGCCCGUAUAUUCGUCCUAUUGGUUACUGCCAAGAAACUGGAACCCCGCUGACAACACCACCUGGAUACAAGGAUUCCAAAGCCUUCUCAUGGGAGAAGUAUUUGGAAGAAACUAAUUCUCAAGCAGCCCCAGCAAGAGCAUUCAAACUGCGUCCUGCUCAUGGAUUCCAAGUUAAUAUGAAGCUAGAGGCUGUGGACAAAAGAAAUCCCAUCUUGAUAAGAGUAGCAACAAUAGUUGACAAAGACGAGCGUCGUAUCAAGAUACAUUUCGAUGGUUGGGACUAUAAUUACGAUUUCUGGAUCGAUGCGGACAGCCCUGACAUUCACCCAGUAGGCUGGUGUGCAAAAACUGGACAUGCUUUGCAAGUCCCACUAGGUGCUGUUGGUCCAGUGGGAACAGCAGGACAAACAUGUCCUACUCCAGGCUGUCAUGGUAUCGGUCAUGUCAAGGGACCACGAUAUGGAACACAUUAUACGUUAGUUGGCUGCCCAUAUUCUGAUGUGAAUCUCAACAGAGAAAACUUGCUACAGGACCGUCUGAGCGGGGAGAGGCUCUCCCCUAGCCAGAGCAUUCAGAAGAACAAGAAGCCAGAUAUGGCCACUCCAUUUCUGCAGGGAGCGGGAGAGCCUUCUCAGGAGGACUCUCCGCAAUCCAGAAAAUCUACACAAGGCAGUGAAAAAUCAUAUCAAAGCAGCCUUCACAGCCUGUCGGAACAGUCUGAAAACAGUCAGGAGAGAGACGAGGUAGAAGAGGAGUCUUCUGCAGCCAUCAAAGCCAAACCAAAGAAGCGUGGCUGCUCGCAUGCCUAUAUAAAGGUACAGCUGGUGAAACAGGAAGACAACGGAAGAGACUCUGAUUUCGAUCUCCAGCAGGCCCUCCACCAGUCCAUCUUCAUGCCUGCGCUGUCCUCUAACCCAAGCCACCGCCUCAACCUCUGCUGGGCGCAGCACUGCAAGCUCUUGCCCGAGGUCUCGGGCCUCACAGCCAAGCAGGUGGCCAAAUGGACAGUGGAAGAGGUGGCAAGCUUUGUCCAGCGUUUACCUGGCUGCAAAGAACAAGCAACCGUGUUCAGGGAAGAGCAGAUAGACGGAGUGGCCUUUCUACUCCUGAACCAGACCGACAUAGUUAAAAUACUUGGUAUCAAGCUGGGUCCUGCCCUGAAAAUCUACAAUGCCAUCCUCAUGAUCAAGUCUGCAGAAGAGCACUGAGAAGAGCCCUUUGCCAGAGCCCAGGAAGGAUUUACAGGGAACAGAUCUUUAGCUGAGAGCAUUACAACAUGCCGAACAGGCAGAUUGGGACUUGGAAAUAUUUUAAGUAGAACUUGUUAAAACUAUUUUGAGGGCAUAAAAAUCCUGCCACAAUUUGAAAUACGGGGCAGCUUCACUUCCAAGAAGAGGAGAUUAUUAUAUUUUGUAGUUGAAUUUGGUUUUGAUAUAUCAAUCUCUUUGAGAUCUAGAAAAAACCUCCAGUUAUAAGGGGAAUCCAGGGUAACAUUGGUGGAGCUGCAAUACUGAGAAAAUGUUAUGAGUGAAACAACUACUGUGUCCAAUGACAGUGCCUGAAAGAAAGACUGAAUGAUCACCAGCAUGUUUAAUAUAUGUAUAUGUACAUAUGUAUGUAUAAAACCCUCAGAAAGGGGAGUGAGAAAAUAGGGAAAAUAUGCACUUCAGAGCAACUCACUUAUAUCCUUCAGAGCUGUGAUUCAAGAACUGACAUUUUUCAAGACUGGUUUUUAAAUUCCAUUUUCUUCUGCUGAUCUUACUAAUUCAAAUACUCUUGGCUAAUGGACUGUUUGCACUAGGUACCACGGGCAAAGGUUUUCAUCAGUAAUGGCUUAUGCUAUUUCUGCUAACAAGUAAGACUCUUACUCAUGCCACCAGACAGUUGGAGGAGAGAGUGCUGUCCUUGGAUGGGCUUGGGGUAGGCAGAGAUCUCACAUAAACCUAUCUCCUACAAGAGGCAAAGAAAAAUAUUCCUAGCUCUGCCUCUCCCAUCAGUGCUUUCAGACCAUUGCUGUCUAGACCAUAAACACCUUAUGGCAAAAUGCGACGAUGAAGCACACUUGAGAAUUUGCUGGGUUCAUCCAGACUCUCUUCGCCAUCAGCCAGGUGGUAGGAACAGUCCAAGUUGAAAACCCAGCCAUGGCCAGCAUAUGUGUACAGAUGCAAACAGAUGUCCUAGAAACAAUUUUCUUUUAUUUCCUACAAUUUGAAACUUAUGAACAGUUAGUGCUUUGGCCUUUAUGGCCUCUGAGUAGACUCUGAUCUGUUCUGCUGAUGAGACAGUGUGCUUUAGCAGCAGGGCCCCAGGUCCUCCAUAUCUGUAGUGGUGAGUCGGGCAGAACAUGAGGGGAAGGCUGACCAGAGGGGUGUCAGGGUUUGAACAGACAGCAAAACAAGGUACAGAUUCUGCAAAGAGACCUAAUCUGUAUCCAAGAGGAAGCAAUGCUUGUGGCUCUGCUGCUCUGCAUAUAGGUAGAAAUCUGUGUACUUUGCUGGCAGUAGGAGAGUGCUAGUAUUUCCUCCUCCUCAGAACAUGGUUUUAUGAGCAUGCAUCCUGGACUGGGCUGUCUCAAGAGAGGGACUUCUGCCCCAUUGCUCCCAGAGUUGUCCUCGUACCCUGGAAGCACUGGGGAAGUGGUUAGCACUUUGGGGGCUCUGUUUAAUGUUUCCUUUUGAGCCUGGCAGCACGCAAGGUUGCGACUCUGUCUCUGGCCAUUCUCCUGACUAGAUAUUUGGCUGUUCUGAGGUUUAGCUGGAGUCAUCUUAGCUAGAUAUGCCUUUCCACUGCUUUAUAUGAAGUUGCCGAGGUGAAACGUCUGUGUGUGAACAAGUGAACCCUUCUGCAUGCUGUGAGCAUGCUGCUGCUGUGUUGCCAAAGACGGCUGUGCUGUCCAAAUCCAGCCCAGGUUGCAUGAAUUUCUCAGGCCGUUGCAUGAUGCAGGUGUGAUCCAUCCAUCCACAGAUGCCUCAGACUUCCUCCUGUUCUUGGCAUCUUUAUCCCUAACAUUGUUGCCUUGGACCUGAUCCUGCAGCUACUCCAGCAGCUGUAGUAAACAGAGAAUGAAUACGCUCUACGCGAUGGUGGGAUGAUGCAAGGAACGUGCUUCAUCUUCUUUUCCUCAUCGCUUCAUGUCCUUUGUCCAACCUUUCAGCUUCUGAGAAGGUCCUUGUGACCUUCCUAAAGUAAUAAGUUCCUUAAAAUUGUCAAUAGAGCAGAAUCAGAGUGCUGAAUCCAUUCAGACUUGGAUUAACUUACGGAGCAGUUUGUCUCCAUACUUUCUAUUUUUGUAUAAGAAGUUAAGGAGUUUAAGCCUUCCACGGAGAAGAUGUAGGAGUGGUAGGGUAUUUAAUAUCCAAAAUACUAAAUAACAGACAGUUCACUGCAUAGGCGACUGCAGGAGAGUUUAGUAACUUAUUGCAGACUAGACAAGAUAUGAAUUUAAUUUAUUAAAAUAUAUUUCUAAUGUGAUAACAGGGAUAUUUGCCAAAGAAUCACAUUCCUUUAUCCCUGUCAGAGCAUCCCGCGUCUGCGUAAAGCAUGGAUUUGCAAGCAGCACGACCUGGGCUCUGAGACAAUUCACCUUCUAGGCAAAACGGGGUGGAUUCCUGACAGCGGGGGCAGAGGAUCAGUAGCUGGACCGCUCUGUUGCGAGCUCUCCGCUGACUUGCUAAAUAACCCCUGGCCCUUCUUUGCUCUAGUUUCCCCGUCUAUAAGACCCCACUAGGUGGAGGGGCCUUGAGAUCUUCGGCAGCUGGCGGCUGAUGUUUGAGGGCAGUUUCACUUUGCUCUCAUUUCCAGUAAGCAGGUGCUGCUGAAUUUUCUCUUUUACCUCUUUGCUUUAGGAGACUGAGUUGGGGACAUAGGUUGCCUCCAGAAAAAAAAAAAAAAAAAAAAAAAAAACAAUAUUAUUUCAUCUUUUUACUAUAUAUAGAUAGAAUUGGUGAAACAAGAAGUGAAAUUCGAGUCACUGAAAUUAUUCAAACAGCAGAGAGAUCUUUAAUCCUAGGGGCUUCCAAGCCAGCUGGAUCAAAGAAAAAAAUGUGUACUUGGAGUUUAUUCAGUUAGAGCAGUGGCAGUGUUUUCAGUAAGAAGGAAGGGAGGAAACCUUUUAGGGAUAGAAAAAAGCCAAGAAUCUGCUUCUUGUGCCUUUUUGCUAAUCUGAUAAUUGUCUUCGCAGAGGAAGCGAGAGUGUGCACAGAUCUGUUAGUAACUCUUCUUCCAAAUAUAGCUAUAUUUUAGUAAAAAUAAGCAACUUUAAUGCAAGGGCAGGAAGAUUUCCGAUGUCUUCACUGGACAGUUUUAAAAUUUCCUAAUAUUUACAAGAAGAAAGCUCUUGUGUUUUAGCCCUGACUUUUCCCCAUGACUUAGGAAUUCGUUGGGUGCUGGUGCCCUUUUGCUUGCACCAGCGAGCCCCGCUUUUACUUGCAGCUCGGUGACUUGUUUCUCUCCAGACUUUACAAAAAUUUGCCUUUUUUUCCUUUCAAGGUCUGUAUCUCAGAAGGGGUUUGCACAUGCCUUUGUUUGUUUAAUGCCUUGUUGUCUGAUUUGAAACACGAACUUUGAAGCAGAAAGCCAGAAGUUGUGGCUGUGUAUUGUGCAAAGCUGAAACUGGUUAAUGCCAUUUGGUUUAGGAGGUUUUCAUAAUCAGCUAAAUAUCAGCAUACACCAGCUGCGGGCUCAGCUGAACCUAACAGUUGCUUAGAAAACAAAUAUAUUACUUAAAAGCAAGGCAGGAUUGUGAAAACUUCCCAUGGCCAAGCGGUGCAAUCGAAAAGUCUCAGUUCCAAAUUCAAAUGUGUCUUAAUCCUGUGAGUGUUCUUGAAAGCCAAAAUGCUCAUUUUUUUUCUCUCUUUUUCCUCUUUAGUAGAGAGUCCUGCUAAAAUUUUUCUGUGCCAUCGCGAACGAUCAGCCUUGUAAUCCUGUAGUAGCAUUAAAGCGGGGCGGAAGCAUUCGGCAGCACUGAUAGCAAAAAUUUUACAACCAAAGAAAAAAAAAUCAGCUGGGGAUAAGCUAGUUCAGCUGUAGAAGAUUUCCUGCCUGCUUCUUCCGUGCCCUGCUUAGGGACUUAUACCACAGAGAGCUUUAAAGUUUCUGACGUUCUCUCUGCCAUGUGAUGAGCUAGCUUAUUUUUGAAAUUCCUAUUACUUGAACUGGAAACAUGUGCAGGGGCAGGGAGUGUGCGUCCGCUGUCUUGUUUCAGUGUUUGAAAUGUUUGCCUGGUUUAAACCAAACAAAUACGUGAGCUUUUUGACGGUAGCCACAAUGUUGCACUCCACCAAUGCUUUCUUCUGGAAAUGUGAAUAAAGUUAAUAUAAGUUUGAA